GCCCGGUGGCGAGCGCACGUUUCCCUAACCUCCGCCUCGCGUCGCCAUUCCGUGCAUUUCUAUCACUUCCUACUCAUUCACCAUUUUACAUUUAAACAAGGAAGUGUCGUGAUCACACGCAGUUCUUCAUUGAUUCAAACUGCCGUCAACCAACCUACCAACUCAUCUCAAUAACUUUGUGAAGUGUUUGAAUAUGAACUUUAAGAUGAUAGAAGACAAUUGACAAUUCGCUCUCCUCCGGUAGAGUGAACCAACCACAAUCUCGACAUUCACUUCGGACGUUGCUGAUAUGAAUACGUCGCACUAAGCGAUUUAGGGCUAAACAGCUCUCCCAUACACAUUCGGACCAUCAAUGCUAAAUUACAGACUGGUAUCAACGCAUUUUUUGAAGCAGCCGUAAAUCGUUAAACGCCGACCUUUCUAUUGACUGUGUGUGCCGUGCCAAUAUGUGUCGUGAUCGGGACAUGUCUGAGCAGAGAAGUGACAUCAUCAAAUAAGUUUACGAAGUUCGCCACAGACUAACGUGUCUAUAGUCAAGUGUCAAGUUUCCCGUCAAAACGGCGCGCGUUUUCGCUCUGCCGUUUCGUUUUAUUUCUUUCAAUUUGUUUUACAUCAAAGGAUAAGCAAUAGCCCGGUGGUUUAGUGUUUGGUUGUGGAUCAUUGGUUGGGGUAUCGCCCAAAAGCGGGCCUCAGUGCGACCCUGGCCAGCCGUACCAGAGAAAACAUAUCCAGGAUCUUGGAUUCCAUAGUUGGUGCUGCCAGAUACUGCAUUAAUCGUCCCAUUAACGGCUGAAAACUUUUGGAAAUUGGGAAUUAUUUUCCGAGUUAGCGAAAAUGGUACAAUUGGAAAUUCUACAGGGGUACGGACAGGAAAGUGAGCGCUCGAGCGAGCAUCGGGUAGUAAUAUCUGGGCUCGGCUGGCGUGCGCAGUGCUCGGAACGAGAGCGCGAGAGGACUGAAGACAUGGCGGCGCCCGAGUGCGAGCGAGAGGCCAGGAAGAGACGCGAGCGCCGCGACUCGGGGUGCGCGCACGAGCGCAAGGAGCGCCGCCCGCACAGCGAGGAGCGCACGCCGCCCCCGCCGCCGCCGCCGCCGCUCCACGACCAUAACCGAAUCGAGUCAGAACGUCGUGCUGAGCGGCUGUCCCGCGCCCGUCGCCCACAGUUCGGUGGCAAGCGACGUCGUCCACCUACCAGGGUCUCCAAACAUCCUAAGGAGAACGAAUGCUUCACUACAUCUGAAGAGAUCCGAUGCAGCACACCGCCUCACUUCGAUUAUGUUAUUGUGCAGAAACCACAACUAUGCGAGGAACCGGAGACUCUGGACGCUGGAGCGCUGCAUCGAGUGGCAGGUCGCACAGAGAGUGCCGUUGAGGAGGGCGCAGCUCUAUGUGCGGAGGCCGAGCGAGCCCGCAGCGAUGAGAGGAGCGCAGCCCCACUUAACGUCGCACGACGUGAACCGCCUGUGCCUGACCGACAGCUUGAAAAGAUCACUAAGAAGAUUUCUGUACUCAAGAAAAACAUCACCAAGUAUGAAAAUGAUUUUGAAUCCAAGAAUGGCCAUCCUUUGACUCAGAGUGACAGGAUAACAGAUGUGGCGUUGACGCGAAUGAACGAGACGUUACGCAGACUUCAGGCUGAGAAACGUCUCAUCAAGACUGAUCCCGUGGAGUAUGCGUUGAAGGUACAAGCAGCUAAACAGCAGAAAGAAAGAGACGACAAACUUGAAGAGUCGCUCAAGAGUGAUAAACCUAUGGCUGAUAUCGUAAAAGAUAUCGAAGAGUGGUUAGAGGGCUGUCGCCAGGCGGCAGGCCGGUCGUCGGUGGGCGAGGGGAGCUGGACGGCGGCGCAGUUGGCGGCUGAGAAGCUGUGCGUGCAGCGAGUGCUGCUGCGGCUCGAGGCGGCCCGAGGUCGGCCCCCUGCGCACUCCGCCGAGCGCGGCGCAGCUCGACACCUCUACGAGCGCUACAGAACCGUCAAAAGAGUGCUCGCGUCCUCUAGGCCUGACGCUAUCAUAGGCUGCGUUAACGGUGAAUUGGCAACUAUUCACGAGCAUGAGACCAUGCUGUUCAACUCCAGCGUCGACAGCUCCAGUGACUCACAGGAGAAGCCAUCAGAUUCUUCACAGGAGACAACAGAGACUCCUCUCCAGUCACCACCCAAUCGUGAUGGUGCUGCACCAGGAGAAGAGGUCCCGUCCUCCACAUCAUCAGCUCAGUCUGCUACCAGCGAAGAAGCCACACCUUCGAACGAGGGACUCCAUUGUCUCAGCGUUGAUGAACUAAACAAAGCUCUCACUGAGGCUAAGAUGCAGAAAUCUAUCUUACGCCGCACCAUUAAAGACUACGAGGUGAGCUUCGAACUCCAGAACAGCAGGAAAGCGCAGAGAGACGACAAGAAAGGUCACGAGGAUGAAUAUUGCAAGUACAGGUCUGUCAAGGCCAGGAUUAAACUCAUCAACGCACUCAUAAACAAACAGAAAACACAUUCCAACAACAAAACUCCAAACUAAACCAUAAUAUGUAGUAGCAUUAAGGCUCAAAAUUGUAUUUAAAGGCCUCGAUCUUCCCGCUUCAAUAUUAAGCACACGCGACAGCCCUAAGUCGUAUAUGGUUGUCACUUAUAGACUGUUUCAUGUUUUAUAAAUAUGAUGAUUAUAAAAAUAAGUAUUUUGCAGCUGUCUCGAUGUUAUUGGUGUUCAUUUCUCACAAACUUAAAUAAAAUAUAGUGUACAGAUUAGACAACAGUAGACAUGAUCGUUUACUACUUUACGCAAUAUACCUUAUAAUUUAAAAUACUCAAUGAUUCGAAUGUAAAACCGUUAUUGUAUAAUUAAAUAUGGCGUCGUAAAAUCUAGUGCUUCCGAAAUAGAAUAAUUUAUGUACCUACCAUUAUAUAUUUAUAUAAUCAAUCAUGCCCCAAUGUCUUUUGGGAAAAAUACAAAAUUUCCAUUGCAAAUUGCAGCGGUUUAUCUUUAGUUUUCUAUGUAUCAAAUUGUAUAGUGCCAAAUAUUGUCAUUCUAUACAAUUUUGUGGUUGUAAAUAGUAUUAAAUUAGCAGAUCAAAAUAUGUUAAGCAUUGUUCAAAAUAUUUACAGUUCAUGAAAAAAAACAUUCAUUUAUAAGUGUUUAGGGGCUUGUUACCCUAUGGGUUAUUAACUAUGCAAAUACCCCAAUAUAUUACCUACUCCAAUGCGUUAAUUUUUGGCAUUGGAUUUUUGACUUCGUACCUAAGCGAUAAAGUUGAAAAUCUAAUAAAGGAAUUCGACAGAAAAGAGUAGGUUGCCUACUGUAUGUAUAAUUCAUAGAAAUUGCUGUAGUGCUGGUACGAGUAGAAAUAUUACAAAGAUAUAAAAAAGGUAACAUUGUAACUCUUGACUCUUCACUGCCCUACACUUGACUUUCGACUCGUAACUGUAACAAAGUCAUCACACUGAUUUUCAAUACAAUUGACCAUAAAAUAAGUACGGGUUCUAAAGCAAAGUACAAGCAGCCUACCUAUAAGAAACUAUAUUAUAAAUUCAUAUAAACACGUUAAUGUUUUAAUAUUUCAUAUAAUUUAUACAUGUAAUUAUGAUUAUAACAAUAUUGAUGUUUCGUACAAUUAGUUGCAAAAGUGACAUACUUCGAUAUUGUAGCUGAACUUGCUGUUCUUUUUAUUAGAUGGUUAAGAUUUUAUUACUUUUGCAACUGACUGUACUCUUGUAGAAAUAGGGAUGGUAAUUCCACACUUUUGUGGAGAAAAUGGACUCGAUUGGUUUAUCUGAUGGUUCAUUUUACUGGUUUGACAAUAUGGAUUCUAUAUAUGAAACAUGGCUAGACGAAUGACGAAAAUCCUGCAAUGUAAGGACUAUUGAUGUACAUAACAAACUAUGACAAAUUAAAAUAGGGGAGCUAUAAGAAUUUUCGAUCAUAUACCCCUAUAUAUUAAAUCUUAUAAAUGUUAAAACUACUUAUAUAAAUAGUUAUAUUACUAUUAUACGUGUAUAACUACGAGACCUGAGAAAGUAGAGGAAAAUCUCGAUGAGACCAAAGCUUCAUGCUUUGGAAAUUUGGAUUGACGAUGUCGAAGAAAUUGAAAUACAAAAAUAAUCGAGUUUAUAUAUAACUUUACCGCCUAAGACUUUAUUAAUGUCGUAAACUUUACGUUGCUUUGUAAUUGUAUAUUAAUUUUCUUCCUUUAUAUGUUUUUGUAUUGUAUUGUAUUGUAUUGUAUACUGGAUCUCAUAAUUGUGUGUUAGAAUUUUGAAGCUCUUAGAAGGGCUGAAACUUUCGUUCUCUUAAAGAGAAUAAUAGCAGUUAAUAUAUAUAUAUUUAUAUAUGUAUUUAGUGAUAAAGUACUUACCUGUGAUUUUAUUGUAACAAUCAAAAUCUUGUGUGACAAGAACUUGGAUGUUUUACUAAACGUUGUGGUAGAUGUUAGUUGACGAUUUUACGUUGGACAAAAUUAAUUUGUAUUUCGCAUUGUUUUGAACAAUAUCUACUAUAUAAAUGGAUGAGACUUGAUAAAUGGUUUAUUGUAAACCUAAAGUAAUGUCUAUAUAAUGUUAUAUAUUAAUGAAUACGAGAUAAUUAUGAUGUUUAGAUACACGAUGUUGAUUGAAAGCAUUGUGCAUUAACUGUCUUAUUACAAGAACUUUCUAGAAACAGAAAUAUAGCACAGAAAAAAAAAGUAUUUCAAAAGUAUCUCUUUCAAUUACAAUGCUUUAAUCAACGUCUUGUUUGUCGCUUGUCAAGAAGGCAAGCAGUUUUAAUACCUAAUUAUAAAGAUUGCUUUGCAAUAUAAUAUAAGCUCUGCGUAUACAUAUACAUAUAUAUGACAAAUCAAAAUGGAUAUCAUAUCAAUGUUUCACAACAGUUAUCUAUUUGUACCAAGAAUAUGUAAAUUAGUAUUUUCUAAGUUAUGGUCCCGAGUCCCCCGCCUAUAUUAGCCAAGCACGAAGCCGUUUGAAUGAAUAUAAGUAUCAAAAUAAUACAUUACAUAUAAUUAAAUGUUUGUCUGUGCAGUUUGGACGCAAAAUGCAUGAUAUUGUAAUCAUAUUCAGUCAGUAGAGUUCCGCAACUUGCCACUAAUAUUCAUAAAGUAUUUAAAAUAAAAAAUAG